AUGAAGAUAUCGUGUACUGGACGUGGCCUCGGCUGGACGAACGGCGCAAGACGGUCGCUGGGCAUCUGCUUACUAUUGAUUGUGGUAGUAUUGUGGACAGCUUCAAACUUCCUGGCCAGCACCAUCUUCGCAGAUAAUUCCUACUCCAAGCCCUUCUUUGUGACCUAUGUCAACAGUUCGCUAUUUAUCAUCCCACUCUUUACGAUCAUUCUUGGCAGACUAUUUAAGCUAUGGCGUCAGGACAGAUUAUCUCAAAUUGACUCAUUCCAGAGCCUGCUGGAGCAUCUCGAUUCCCAUGAUUCCAAGCUCGAGACACCAAUCAUCGAGAGUCGGAACAGUGAGGACAGGCUCGAUGAUGCUGGUCUAUGGACUCGGGGAACGACGGAAUCGGCGGACACCUCCAAGCUGGGCUUGAGGGCGACUGCGAAAUUGAGCUUCGAGUUCUGCAUAUUAUGGGCGAAUUAUUUCGCGAUGGCCUGCCUGCAGUACACAACAGUGGGGAGCACCACCAUCUUGACCUCAACCAGCGGAGUCUGGACACUCAUCUUCGGCGCAAUGAUCGGGGUCGAGAAGUUCACUGUCCGCAAACUCGCAGGCGUGCUCGCCUCCCUGAUGGGAAUCAUCCUUAUAUCACGGGUUGACCUCUCCGCAUCAGAUACCCCUCAAGCAGACGAUGGCAAAACGGGCUCGUUCCCCCACAAGUCCCCUGGCGAGAUCGCCCUCGGCGACGCCAUGGCCGGGUUUAGCGCAGUGGUGUACGGAAUCUACACCAUCGUGCUGAAACGGCAGGUUGGCGACGAGUCGCGGGUCAACAUGCAGCUGUUCUUCGGGCUGGUGGGCCUUUUCAACAUGUUCCUGCUCUGGCCGGGGUUCGUCAUCCUGCAUUAUACCGGCAUCGAGCCGUUCGCGCUUCCAGAUACAGGGAGAAUAUGGACCAUCAUAUUGGUGAAUUCAUUUUCAUCAUUAGCUUCGGAUAUAUGCUGGGCCUACGCCAUGCUCCUGACUACCCCGCUUGUCGUGACCGUCGGAUUGAGCUUGACUAUUCCGCUUUCGCUUGUGGGUCAGAUCUUCCUGCAAGGGCAAUAUGCGAGUGCGCUCUACUGGGUUGGCGCCGCAAUAGUGUUCCUAUCAUUUAUGGUUGUCAACCAUGAGAGCCGGGAUGAUACAUUGGAGGAAGAUGCGGCGGCCGGCUAUGAUGCUAUUCCGGAUCACGAAACGGCCGACCCCGUUCGGUAA